AAACUGAUAUGUCUAAUAUUUGAUAAAACAUGUAGCAUAUGAAGUGGGAUUGACAAAUACAAAAUAAGCACAUUGGUCUGUGUAAAUAUUUAUAAAUCAAAAUUCUGUAUGUCUUCAUAUUUACAGUAACUAAUGCUAUUUUAAGGAAAAAAAAAACGUCUUGGCUACGUGGAACAUAACCCUGGUUCCCUUAGUGGGAACAUGACACUACGUAUUUGCUAUGGGACACUGUCCCAAUUUAUUGGCUGAAUCACACCAAUUUAUUGGCUGAUGGUGCUUAAGCGACGCCCCUAGGGAGCUAUGUCACAGGCUUCAUAAAGGCGCUCGCUUUCCCACCAUCGAGUCAGAUUUUCUGCAGGAAGGCACGAGCCUAUGCAGCUGCUAGAGGGUAUGGCCAGCUACGCUGCGUCUCGUUCCCACUCAGGGAACCAGGGUUACAGUCCACGUAACUGAGAUGUUCCCUUUUGUAGGAACUCGAGCUACGUAUUCGCUAUGAGAACGAUAUACAUACUUGCCAUGCGAACAAUGGCUGCCAACUGUCUAAGCCCGUGUGGCAAGCAUAUAGCGGCACACAAGCGAGCUAAAGCGUCCAAAUAAAAAGAAGGAAUUAUGAGUUUAUUACUGUUCCAACAGAUAAAACCUGUUAAACCCUCGUCCAGAUUAUAAAAUCUAACAAAUGUAUGUGGAGAGGACCACCCUGCCGCCAUACAAAUGUCCUCAAAGGACGCACGUCUAGCCAAAGCCCAUGAGGAUGCUAUGCUCUGCAUAGAAUUAGUAAACCGCACACUUCGGAAGCAUUUGAAAUUGCAUCAAUAAGCCAAUGAGAUAGUCUUUGCUAGGCCACCAAAGCACACAAACAACUGUUCUGAUUUACGCCACUGGCUAGUACGGUCAACAUAAACUCGCAGCGCCCAAACUGGCCAAAGCAAAUUUUCAUGGUCCUCCGACUCGAAUGGGGGAGGAUAGAAAGGCUGAAAAGUAAUAGUCUGCGAGCAAAAUUAUGUUGAAAUAACCUUGGGCAAAUAGCCCAAAUGAGGGCUUAACCCCUUGAACACCCUGGCACAAAAUUCAUACAUAACGGAUUGAUCAACAGGGCAUGCAAAUCACCAACUCUUCUAAAUGAUGCCAAUGCCAAUAGCUGGGCCAUUUUAAGAGUCAAAAACUUCAGUGACUGUGACAAAGGGGCCAGAACAUGUAUGACGGGACUCGUGCUUUCGCUCAGGGAAUGGGAGACAAACACGAGGAAGAAUCCGAUAUCUGUUUGCUCUCCAAUCCUCUCAGACACAAAGCCGAAAUCCCAAAUGGCUCCACACAGAGGUCCAAAUCUGGAGGCCAUGGAACUUAACAAGUGGGGAUAACCCCAUGUGACGAGAAAUUGCAAGCCUCAAAAAGUGCCACUGUCCCCGUCGGACCCUUGUAAUGUUUGGAAAAACCCAAUUAAAAUUGCUCUGAAAUUUACGCUGUAUAAACGACGUCCUUACGUGUUCGCCACUCAAAAGGGAGAAUUAAUUAUCCUCGCUUCGACAUGAGUAGCUAGAAACAAACAGGGGCUUAGACAAAAUCGUGCACUGAAGAACAGAAAAUCUGACUCGAUGGCAUGAAAGCGAGCACCUUCAUGGAGCCCGUGAUGUAGCUCCCUAGGGGUGUUGCUUAAGUGCCAUUAGCCAAUAAAUUGGCUUGACUGUAUAAGGGCUUCAGACCACGUGACACUCAGACAGUGUUCCAUAGUGAAUGCGCAGCUCGAGUUCCUACGAAAGGGAUCAGAAACUGCUUGAGCUAUGCAAAUCAAACAAAAAUAAACAGUACUUAAUGUGCUUGCUUUAGAAGUACCCUCAUGCAAUAAAGUGAAUGUAUUUUUUUUUUUUAAAAACAUCUGAAUUUGUUCAAAUCCCUUUUCUUUAGUUGUGUUUGUACAUCCACAUCCACGUUGAAAAGAAAUGCAAAAAUUGCAUAGCAGAAAGAUGAAGAAUACAAAUUCAAUGUAGAAUUGAAAACAAAUAACCAUAAAAGAUAAAUAGCAACAUUACAAAAGCAAUAAUUGUGAUUAUGAUAUUGAUUAAUGGUAUUUAUGUAUCAACCAGUUAGGGGCUGUUCACACAGCAUCUGUCUGCGCUGUUUUGGAAUAGUUUUUUGAAUGCACUUUGGUUUUAUAGUAUGUGUACUUUCAGUAUACUUACCCAUGAAAGUACUGAGUAAAAAUAGGUAACUACAUGUACUUAAUAUGGGUUAUAGUUCAGGUUGGGGUUACUUGUAAUUGUAAUUAUAUAGUACAUAAAUGUAGAACAGUACUGUGCUACCGGUUUUUUAUGCUCUAGAUGGGUGUCUGUGACCAUUGCAAUGUGUCUUGCUGCUUUUUCAGCAUCACGUACCAUGAGCAAUGCAUUUUUAUGACACUGUGUCAAGUUAAAAAAACGUAAACUUUUAAAAAUCUCAAGACACCAAAGGCAUUUGGUUCCAUUCGUUGCGCUGCAUCUAACUUUUAUAACGCAAGCACAUGUUCUGUGUCAACGGCCACUUUUUUAAAACAAGAGCACAUUCAGUGUGAAUUGAAUUGCUUAGUUCUGGAAAAAUAAAUGCACUUUUAAUCUAUUUUAAUUAAUUAAUCCUAUUUCUUUUCUUUUUUUUUUCUUUUUUUUUAUUCUCCCCUUUUCACCCCAAUUUGGAAUGCCUAAUUCCCAAUGUGCUCUAAGUCCUCGUGGUGGCGUAGUGACUCACCUCAAUCCAGGUGGCGGAGGACAAAUCUCAGUUGCCUCCGUGUCUGAGACGUCAAUCCGCACAUCUUAUCACGUGGCUUGUUGAGCGUGCUACCUCGCACAGCGUGACCCACCAAGAGCGAGAACCACACAUUAUAGCGACCACGAGGAGGUUAUCCCAUGUGACUCUACCCUCCCUAGCAACCGGGCCAAUUUGGUUGCUUAGGAGACCUGGCUGGAUUCACUCAGCACGCCCUGGAUUCGAACUUGUGACUCCAGGGGUGGUAGUCAGCGUCAAUACUCGGUGAGCUACCCAGGCCCCAAUUAAUCCUAUUCUUGAUCCUAUUCUUUUAGAAGUUGAAAGUCUUGGUCUUGUUUAGCCAGUUGGCAAUAAAAUACUCCAUAAUGAAUCCCAAAGUUUUGUUGGGCCAAAUUUUGGUCAGUGCACCAUUCCAAGAUGUUUUCACAGAAAUCCUAACCACCCAUAUGACCACAAUCGUUUCCUGGGACGGUUGUUGCUUUGUUUCUAGUAGUGGUGCUGAGUAUAGAAUAUUCCUUUUGUUACAUAUACACAGGGUUGGGAGGGUUACUUUUUAAAUGUAUUCCACUACAGAUUACAUAAUACAUGCUGUAAAAUAUAAUUUGUAAUGUAUUCCGUUAGAUUACUCAAGGUCAGUAACGUAUUCUUAAUACUUUGGGUUACUUCUUCAGCACUGGUAGAUUUGUUCACUUGUUUUGACUAUAAAACUCUGCUAGUACAGUAAGACAAAAUACACAUGUUAAAAAUACGUUCUCUGAAAAACCUAAAUAUCUUAUGCAGUGUUGUUUCUAAAAACAAGAUGAAUCAAAUUGAUCUUGUUUUAAUGAUUUUUUGAUAUUUUUACAGGAAAACAAUACUAAAAUUAUUAUCAAGAAUACGAUUUUUGCCCUAAUAUCAAAGGUCUUAUAGAAAAAAAGAAAUUAUGAUCCAACGUGAAUUUUCUUGAUAAAAAAAUAUGAUCGUACCUGGUAACAUGCAUGUAAAAUGGCUAGAAAUAGCAAUGUAACUGUAUUCUAAUUACCAAUGAUUUAAAUUGUAACUGUAGUGGAAUACAGUUACUUAUAUUUUGUAUUUUAAAUAUGUAAUCCCGUUAAAUAUAUUCUGUUACUCCCCAAACCUGCAUAUACAUUUAACACUUAAGAAGAGACUUUUUACAAGACAAGUCCAAAGUCAAAGCCAGGAAAUUGUCAACAGUGUGAAAUAUAGAGGUGCUAUGUACUUACACUAGUACAUACAGUACUUUAUAUGGUUGUACGUAUAACACAGGUCUAAUUAGGAAGCACUGUUGAGACUUUGUAGUAAUAUGCAGAUUAUUUGGUUGUGUAGGACAAUUCAUUUUAUGAACUUUGACAGAUGGUGAGAAAGCUAGUGGUGAAGAAUUUUCCUGUUAAGGAGAGACUGAUAUUCUAUCUUAUCAAGGUAAAAUUGAAGAAAUGAGAAGCCCCUUGGUUGAAAUAUUUGACAGGCAGGCUAAGAUCUACAGAGAGGGCAUAUAAAAAGUUAGAACAGGUUAUUUUGGGUAAAGAAUUUCACUGAACAGCACACAUGUCAGGUCCUACAAGGGCGAAGAGUCUCAAAUUUUUUAUGUCAGAGGGAACUAAAUGUGUUUGUUGAACAGUAAGGCUGAAAUCUCAAAAUCUAAUGCUGUGGAGCUACAGAAUUGUGACAUUUCUAUUAAUGGUGAAAAGAUAUGUGUGAGGCUGGGGCGUGGUGGAUGUGGCAAAAUCAGAUGCCAUGCUGAGGUAGUCAAUAGAGGGAUGUGAGGUUAUGACUGACUAAGUGAGGGAAUUGGGUGAUGGGUUUAUUUCGAUGGGUGAAUGGACAGAUGAGGUAAAGUGAUUAGACAUUGUGUAAUCAGUCAGAGCUCUCUCUCUCUCUCUCUCUCUCUCUCUCUCUCUCUCUCUCAUCAUUCUAAUAGGCUUGGUUAAUGUUCACCAUACAGGGUUCAAAAGUCAAGCAUUUGUGUGAAAAAGACAAACCGGUAAAAACCGAGGAACUAAAACAGGGUGAUCUGGGCCAAGAAACAGAACAGAGAGGAAAACAUGGUCACAAUCACAGAGUUUCAGAAAAUCGGUGUGGGUCUGUCAGGAUUCGGCGUGUUCUUUGUGCUGUUUGGAGUGCUUCUGUACUUUGACUCUGUCUUGUUGGCGUUUGGAAAUAUUCUGUUCCUGUCUGGUUUGGCCUUUAUCAUCGGCUUGAGGAGGACAGCCCACUUCUUUUUCCAGAGACAGAAGCUCAGAGGCUCCAUCUUUUUCCUUGGGGGCGUGGCUUUAGUGCUGCUAAGAUGGCCUCGUAUUGGCAUGAUAGUAGAAAGCUAUGGCUUCAUGCUUCUCUUUAAGUAAGUAUCACUUCUGAAACAGAUCUUGACCUUAUGUGCUCAUGGCAGAAAUUAGCCUUUAAAUACAGUAAGCAGAUGCCUACUUCAAAUACAUUUUUGGAACUUGGAACUUGGAACUUUUUACGAUUACAUAAUUAAACAUUUAUAUGCACACAGAUUACCUGAGAAAAAGAGAAACACUAUGAAUGUGUCUUCCAAAGUCUUCCAAGUCCUGAUAAUGGUUGUUUAGACUGAACACCCACUGUUGAUUCCAUUUUCUCUUGCAGAUUUUUAACAAGUUAUCUGGAAGUAGUUCCUCAAUGGUAUAAAAGUAUCUGUCAAGAGAUCCUGGAAAUCUGUGAGGAUGGAAUAUAUUUACAUGGUUUAGAGCAUCAAAUUGAAAAAAGGAAUGCAUUUGCCUAUGCAAUGCACUGUUUAAGGAAUAGUAAGCUUUUAGUAAGCUUUAAAGUCCAGAGUAUGGGACAUUCAUUUAAAAUAUCUUGUGUUAUGCAGCAGAAAAAAGUCAUAUGGUUUGAAAAGACAUUAGGGUGAGUAAAAAUUUAUCAGAUUUUAAUUUUGGGUUGGACUAUUCCUAUUUUUUUUUUUAUUAUUAUUAUUUUAUUUGUAUUUUGUUGGAAAAAUAUUUUGUGUGUGUGUGAGCAGAUUGUGGUAUCUGAUGCAUAUUUGUAUAUGCUCUAUUUAAUUUUAUUUUAACAUUUGUA